GAAGCAAUGUCAUAGAAAGCUCAAUCGGUGCAGUGGACGGUGGCCUGGUGAUGAGCUCGGCAUGGCGCUGCUCGCUCCUGCUGCUUCUCAGGUGCGUCUCCGGACAGAUCUACACCUUGGAGAAGAUGGCUCUUCCUGAUCCGCGCACCUUGCGUACGCUGUAUGCAUUCUACGUGUAUUCUCAUCAAGAUGCCCCGGAGAGGAAUGUCGGGCAGCCUUUCGUGCAGUUCCACAACUUGAUGUUCACUACAUCUGACCCAGCAGAUGCAGAGAAAGCCAAGAAUUAUGGUGGAAUCCAGCUUAGCAUCCUCCCGUACCGCAGUUUCUGGAAGCUUAUUUUACCGGACAAGUUCUGCUCUUCAAGUGAAGAUGUGAAUUCUGGUGUUGCAAGCGAAGCAGACAAGCUGUUGGUACAGAAGGCCAAGGGUGUUGCCGAUGAAGAUGUGAAUCUGUAUUCGCACACCGUGAACUUUGCCACUUCCACAGACCACCAGGUGCCAAUUCUCUCCACCGGUGUGUACAUUCUGGUUUUCUCCAAUUGUGGAGAGUUGAAGGGCGGCGAGGUGAGCGGCAGCAUCAUUGCAAGAAAUGCAUAUGGCUUCCUGCCCGGCAAUGAGUACCACAAGUUGCCAUUCUACGGCUGGCUUUCCAUCGCCUACAGCCUCAUGGCUAUGACUUGGAUGUGUCUCUCCCUCCGAUACUGGCGCGAGCUCUUCCACAUCCAGUAUUGUAUUGCAGCCGUCAUCCUGCUUGGCUUGGUAGAAGCGUUUCUACAGUGGCGAUUCUUUAUGGACUUCAACGAAUCAGGACUUCGUGGCAGGUUCUUGUUUGUUCUCGCCAUUCUAGCGACUGUGGUGAAGUCCAUUUUCUCUUACAUGCUGGUGCUCGUGGCCUCCUUGGGAUGGGGUGUCACCCGGCCAUACCUGGAUCAGCCAACUAUCCUCAAGGUGCAAGCGCUGUCAUUCUUCUACAUUGUGCUGGACUUUGUGCGGGAGUCUGCCAUGUCGUUCAGGCACAGCCACUCUUUGUCAGUAGCCUUUGUGAUGCUUUGCCUACUUCCGGUUGCUUUGCUGAAUGGUGUUAUUUUCUAUUGGAUAUUUGCAGCAUUGUCAUCAUUGAUUGAGACGCUUGCAGAACGGAAGCAGCAAGAGAAGCUCAUACUGUUUCAGCGAUUGUGGAACAUUCUUGUGGCGUCGUUAAGCUUGGCAUCGCUCAGCUUGCUGUUCCAGCUCUACGACGUCUCCAGGAGUGAUAGCCAGAGAUGGCAUUAUCAAUGGUUCCUUUCCGAUGGUGUUUCGCACAUACUUUUCUGCAUGGUACUGGCAGCUAUCAUGUUCCUUUUCGCGCCCCACACGAACAGCCAAAGAUACGCUUACAAACAGGUGGAGCCGGACGAGAAGGGCGAAAGCUCCAAAGCUAUAGAUGACAAGGAUGUGUGGGCGGACGAGGGCGGCCUUGAUGAAGAAGAAGACGACUCGUUUUGGGCGUCUACUCAUGGCAAGGGGUCCAGUGCGUCUGCAGACAUCAUUGGCAAUACGCAGGUGUGAUGAAGCGCAGUGUCCACGUUCAAUUCAAGUGCAAUGCCGAAAGCAGGUGUGUGUCAUUGCAGGCUUUAGUCACUGCAUUGCAGAAAGUCACGACCCAUCUUGACUUGGUGAGAGCGGAUCAAGCUCCUUGUGACAAAGCGCGCGAAAUAUGUAGAAUUCGCAGAGAAGCGUCUCAGCCAAGUGUCAUGCAGAGAAUCA